AUGUCUUUACCACCAUUAUUAUCAUCUACGUCAUCAUCAUCGUUGUUUAUUACACCUUCACUUUUCUCACCAUACAAAUUAACUUCUUUUUUAUCAUCACCAAUGACAACAACACCAACAAACAUAUAUAUGAACAGAGCAGAAACUCUCUCAUCAACAUCUACUGAUUCUGUGGGGGUGAAUUCACUGUCAACAGUUGUCCCAUCACAACAGUCAUUACCUUCUCAUCCAUUGGCUUCAGUUCAUUCUAAUACUCGUUUUAAUGCUGGCAUAGUACCGGAUACUGUUGGAAUACAAGCUGGCUCAAUGUCUUUUCCAAAUCCUGAAUUGACGCCUGUAUUUUUCAAUGCUUCUAUGCAACCAAUGUCUUCAAUCCCUACUCCACUUGCUCUACUACCUAUUCUAACUGAUACUAUACCAGUGGCUGACAACUCUAUGAGAAACCAAAGUACAUCAGGAUUCUCUUCCAAUGGCCCAGCUGAUCGCUGGCAAAAUCCACAUACAAGUGAGAGUGAAAAUAAGAAUCCUAACAAGGAUCAUCGUGAGGAUGAUUACAAAGACUCCAAUUAUCAUGAAUCCAAUAAUCACCACUGUAAAACACUGCUGUCUCAUUUAUCUGAAGAAAAUGAUGAGGAAGAUAUCAAAGCGAAAAAUCAUUCUGAUGAAACAGAUUGUUUCCAAAUUUCUGAUCAACUUGAUAAACAGACAUUACCUGAGGCAUUAAGUAGUUAUGUGGCAACUAGAACAUGUGAGGAGUUAAUAGCCACUUCAGACAUCAAUUUAGAGCUUCAGAUUCCGAUAAUAUCAAGGAGUCAAAUCAAUCAUCAGAUUCAAAUGUGCAAGUACAUACUGAUUCUUCUGUACUGA